CCGCCAGUUAAGAAGAAACGCAACCUCCCCGGGACUCCGGAUCCCACGGCGGAGGUGAUCGCCCUCUCCCCGACGACCCUGAUGGCAACCAACCGCUUCGUCUGCGAGAUCUGCAACAAGGGCUUCCAGCGCGACCAAAACCUCCAACUCCACCGCCGAGGCCACAACCUCCCGUGGAAGCUCCGGCAGCGGACAACCUCCGAAGUCCGGAAACGGGCCUACAUCUGCCCGGAGCCGGGUUGCGUGCACCACAACCCGGCCCGGGCGCUCGGGGACUUGACCGGAAUCAAGAAGCACUUUUGCCGGAAGCACGGAGAGAAGAAGUGGAAGUGCGAGAAGUGCUCGAAGAAGUACGCGGUCCAGUCGGAUUGGAAAGCGCACGUUAAGACUUGUGGGACGCGGGAGUACAAGUGCGAUUGUGGGACUAUUUUCUCCAGGAGGGACAGCUUCAUCACCCACAGAGCUUUCUGCGACGCCCUCGCCGACGGAAGCGCAACACCGGAACCACAGAAUCCCGCUGGCGCCGACACACCACCACCACCCUCGUCGACCAGCCACCGAGUCGCCGACGUCCCCAUCAACCGACUUAAGCACCCGGGGCGCCCUCCCCCUUGCAUCCCCCUCCCCUCCUCCUCCUCCUCUGCGCGCCCCACCACUCUUUUCGCCUCGCUCAUUCCACCGGCCUUCGACGCAGACAUGAACAGCGGCGGCGGGUCAUCGACGGCCGCAACAUGUCCGCACACGCCGCUGCUGGCAGAAGGCUGCCGCAGAUAG